GUUGGGUCAAGGUGGAGGGCAGGGGUUAGUGCUGGGACUAGGUGGAGGGCAGGGAGGAUGCUGUCUGGGGUGAUAAUAGGCAUCUCCAUGUCUCUACUCAUUCUGCUGACCGUGUGCGGUAACGUGCUGGUGUGUCUGGCUGUCUGUGCCACAAGACGUCUCCGCUGCCUCACAAACUGUUUCAUCGUGUCCCUGGCCGUCACCGACCUUCUGCUUGGCAUGCUGGUCUUGCCCUUCUCUGCCCUCAGCUACUUCACAGAAUGGCCGCUGGGUCCAACCUUCUGCAACAUCUACACCUCACUGGACGUUAUGUUAUGCACUGCCUCCAUCCUCACCCUGCUGGCCAUCAGCUUGGACCGCUACCUGGCUGUGACCAUGCCCCUUAGAUACUCCUCACUGGUGUUGCCCAGAAGAGUUGCCGUGGCGAUGGCGGCCGUGUGGGCAGUGUCGCUGGCGGUGUCGUUCCUGCCGAUACACCUGGGCUGGAACACGGAGGACGGCAAAGUGCAGAACCUCGGACCGGAGGAGCACGGGGAGUGCAAAUUUGAGCUGAACCCGUCGUACGCUGCGGUGGACGCCUCCCUGACCUUCUAUCUCCCCCUGCUGGUGAUGUGCUGGACCUACUACCGGAUCCUCCGCAUUGCCCGGGGCCAGGCCAGACGCAUCAUCCACACGCGACCCCACCUCAACAACAACGGCGGCGGCGACCCCUCGUCAACCCCGCCCUCAGCCCUCAACUCGGUAACCGCGGUCGCUCUGCGGGAACACAAAGCCACGGUGACUUUAGCGGCAGUGAUCGGGGCGUUCGUGGUGUGCUGGUUCCCUUAUUUCACCAUGUUCACCAUCAAGGGUCUGAAGAAGCAGACAGACUUCCCGUCAAAAUACCCCAUUGUGGUGUGGCUGGGGUACGCCAACUCAGCUCUCAACCCCGUGCUAUACGCUGCCCUAAACAGAGACUUUAGGUCGGCCUACGCCCGGCUGCUGCGUUGUGGUUACCAUGGAUGCGGCAGGAUGGGGAGGCCACCGUGCCCAAACGCGUACACCCCAGGCACGAUGGGGGAGAGUGGGGGGGAGGUGGCUCUGCUGUGUGGACACACCUCUUCCUGUAGGGCGGGACAAGGUGAGACGGGUAUAAUCAUGAUGCUACAGGAAGUCAACCAGGGGGCAGCCACGGCCUCUCUGCAGCACGCCAACGAGGUCACUGUGAACAAUGACAGAAAUGGAAGUGUCUUGCCAGACCUGAACACUGAGCCCAGACAGACAGCCUAAAUCCCACACACUACCCAGGAGAUGACCCACGUCACUGACAGGGCCUUGCAACUCUUUGGCCGACUUCACAAAGAACAAAAGGCUACCAGAUAUAAAGCAGCUCUUCCUGAAUAUCACAGACAAUCCACAACACAGAAUACCAGGGAUCUCCAACCAAAGAAAUGGAAUUACACUUCUAUUCCUCCAGUCCAUGAGAACUGACAGGGUGAAGCCACAAGUCCCUUUGCCCUAGAAGACUUGAGACCUGGAAAGCGAUGUUGUGCGACGGACAGACAGACACUUGCGCAGACGGACAAAAGCUCUCUCAUCAGACUGGCGAUGAACUCGGCUUGUAUCAUUCACCUUAACCUGACGGAGAGGUUCUAAUAAACACAUACGCCCUCCGGAGAUGGAUUACAGUUUCUUAGCGGAAAAGGAGAGUGGACCUAUCAAUUAUUUCAUUUGUAUCAAAACAAUCAGUGUUUUGAGAAAAUAUUAUUUAAAAUAUCAGAGAGUUUUAUUGGUUUGAGGAAAUGUUUUUCUGUGCAGCUAUGGGUCUUCUAUAAUUGAGUUUACAGCCCUCUCCUCAGGCCUCCCCAGACCAUUCAUAUUCCCAUGAGGAAAAAGUUUGGAGACCAGCUCUGUGAGGUAUUACGGAUGACAGUAUGAGUACGGGACAAAAUCACGGCCCAGACAUUCUGAUAUUUGUCAUGUCUACCACACUGCAACACAUGGCCUUGUAAGGUUUUACUGGUAUGCCCUCUACACCAGGGAUGGAACUGAACCAAACAGCCGAGGAAAAUGCAAUUUUCUAGUAGUCAAGGAAAGUGUGGCAAUAUAUUCAGCUACUAAUUCAAGGUAGCAAGUCAAGUAGUGUUUGCGAAGAUCUUGGUUGAUGUACUGUAAGGUCUGCCUACGUUAAUGUUGUUACACCCAUCAACCAUCUGUCACAACAAGUGUACAAUGAACCUGGUUUGUACACAUUCAUUUAGGAAUCCGCCUCUGUAAAUUUCAUACAAGAGCAUUUUUGUCCAAGUUCACUCUGCUCUAUUACCUUUGAACGUGAGCAAAGGGAAGCCAGAUAUUACAGAGAGGAGAAGACAGAGUUGAGGAAAUAUAAUUGAUUUUAAACACUAUGACUCAACCAAGAUUGCCCUGGCAGGCAUAAAACAAGGUUUUUGAAAAAAAACAAUAAAAAUAGGUGAACGCAGUUUCAUUACUCAUGAAUGAAAUCAAAUGUUGAUUGUAUAAAUCAAAUAUACUGGGGUCUGUAAAAAUAUACAAUAUCUGUAUGUAAAACAUUUACACCAAAAUGUUA